AUGCCUCGCCUUCGAUGGCAGGAAGUAAUAAAGGCGGCGACCAAUAAUCCUUGGACAACAAAUUUCCGGCAUUUAAUCCAGGUCGACAGGGCGUGGCUGAAGCGCAAAGCUGCUGAAUCAGACCAGCGAAAAGCCAAGGUCGUUCACUCUGCAAACAGAAUCAAGUAUUGGAACAUUGUUCCCGGCGACCAGAUUCGUAUACGUGGCGACAGGAGCGACACCUUGCACUCUGUCCAUGCUAUUAACAAGCUAAGCAAUCAGGUAUUUCUCAAGCCUACUGAGGGUAACCAAGAAGGUGGAACCCGAGGCAAAAACUACCAUUACUCAAGAUGUCAGCUCUAUGUUGGCGACUAUGAAUUUCCCCCAGAACCAGGCUCAAUAGAAGCACAGACGCGUCGGGUGUUUGCGCAGCGUAUUGGCACUUCUAAGCCCGUCUGGAGUACGUAUCUCAAACGAUUCCACUGGAAUCGUUACGCCGUAAAAACAAUCCCCUCGGUCCCUCAGCUUCACGGAAAAAGGGUUCCAAUACCAUGGCCAGUGCGAGAGGAACCAAAAUAUGCUGAACCGAGCGUAAACUACGACACUCCAAAAGAUGAAGUCAUGAAAGUGACAUAUCAACCUCCUCCGUUCAACACCUCCCACCGAUCUUAUCUUCCCCAGCCACCAUCAGAAAGCGAGUAUCUCUUUGUGAUGUUCAACAGUGGUCUGUCUGCGACGUAUGGGGAUACUCAACACCCCGCGGAGCUCUACUUGGAGAAAGAGCUCACAAAUCCCCAUUCGUUCGCCAAACGCCACGAACGCUGGAAAGCAUAUCAGGCAUACAAGAAGACUCUACUCGCGGAGAUGAUACAGAAGGAGCAGAAGCAUCUCUUUGGCCGCACGAAAGAGCAAGCAAGGGCCGACGCGACGUUCAAGUGGAAGGAGCGCUUGGAACUGGAGAGAAAGGAGAAGGUGGCAAUGAGACAGUCGUUUGCAAACCUGAAGCAGGAAAGGAAGGCAAGGAGGAAGGCCAGGAAAGACGCGAAGAUAAGGCAGCGUCUGACGGAUAUGGUUUUGUCGGAUGCAGUCAACCAAAUCGUCCCGAGGGAGGUCGAAGCUUGA